CUAAGUGAUUAAGAUUUGUAUCCAUGGUGAUGAAAUAAGAUUGUUGCUGUUCCAGCAAGCCAGCAGUGAUGAGUGUAUAACAUAAAAGAAAAAUGUUGAAAUAUUAAGAUGCAGUAAUAUAAAUGCCUGGAUAGGCAUUUAUAUUAAUGCAGUAAUGUCCUGAUGGGGUACUGUCAAGAUACAGUUUUACCCAAAAUCUAAGCUUGGUUGAUUUCAAUAACAAUCAGAUGUCAUUGUCAAUCACAUAUGUUUUGAUAAAAAUGCCUUUUCCAGCAAUUUCACAUGGAAAUGUACACUUCCUCUGGAUUUCUUUGCUUCUUUUCCAUCAAGUUUAAAAACUACUAAACUAUCACAUUGUUCAACCAGAUUAGAUUCUCAAGCAUCUAAUGUUUCCCGGUAACAGUCCAUCCUAUGUCUGCCUAGAAUCAAGAACUGCAGAAUUUCUUGCUUCACAAGUUAGAGAAAUGAGUUUCCGAAAACGGAGCAUCCGGCCGAACCUUAGUCUGUCUAAAAGGGUUACAUUGCAGCCAGAUAAAACUGUAGAUUCCAAGGAGAAGAUUCAAGUUAAAGAGGAAGAAAUCAAUUGUGUGGUAAAAACAGAAAAUGAAGAUAUGUCAGAUAAGGACAAAAUGGAGAAAACAUCUGUACCUAAAAAACUAUCUAAACGUGUGAAAGUUAUGCCUAAAUUAAGAGAACGAAGCAAUGUAAAAAACACACCAGCAAUAAUAAUUCCAGUAGAUGAUACAUCGCUAGUACACAAACAGGAACAUGUUGACAAGAGUUGUAAUGCAGAUACAACAUUAGUUGUUGACAAAUGUGAGCUAGGUAAAUUGGAAUCAAUCGAGGACAUUGAGUUACAAUGGAAAAAUAAUCUGCCUCCAGUGGAAAAUUUUGUAGUGUCUAGUGGGGCUAGUACGCAUCCCUCAAAUGGGGUGCCAGCAGGAAAUAAACUCAAGAAACGAUGUAAAGUAACACCCACACUUAUAAGGAGAAAUACCAGAGUUAACAACAGUGAUAACUCUGAUUCAGAAGUUAUUACUGCAAGGACUAAUUUAAUAACAUCUGAAGAGAAUAUUGUAAUUUGUGACAACAAUGAGUCAAAGGCUAGUCCAGUAUAUGCUGAAAAUGAUACCAAGAUUAGUUUACACCAGUUUACUGUAAAGAAAUUAGAUGAUGUUUCCACUGAUAGUAGAUUAUCUGAACAUGCCAAAAAUUUACCCAAAAUAAAUAUUUACAAAGAUUCAACUUUAAACAAACAGCCUCUAGAAUCAGAGCAGAAAAUUGAAAGGAGCAUCAUAGCAGCAUCUCCGAAGGAUAAAACAAUGAUAAACAGUGCACCAGCAAGUUAUAUGAAACCCUCACAAGAGAAUGAUGAUGAACCCAUGCUGAAAAAAGUACGCUUCACAGAAGAAGAUGAAAAGGAAAUAGAUUAUAAGAAGUCACAAAAUAAUUUGCAACUUUUCAGCGAAAUAUGUCUAGCUGAAUCCGGAAGUGAUAACAGACAAGAAAAAUGUGAUGUGACUUGUAAAGAUUCUAAAGACAUUCCACAUGAUAAUUCACAAUCUGAUAGUGAGAUGUCAACGAAAUUAAACUUUGCUAAGAAAAAAUCAUUUCAACCUAACUUGGGUGCAAAAAGAAGAAAUCGUUUAUCCUCGUUUUCAGCUUAUUCCUCUUGUGAUGAAGAUAGUGAGAAUAUUUCCACAAAAAGAAAGAAAAAGAAAAGUGCUACAAAACCAUCAAGCAAUACAAACAUAAAUAAAGAGAAGAAGACACAAAAGAAAAAGAAUAAAGAUAAAGAAAAAAAAAAGAAAAAGCAUGUUUCUGGCAAAGAAAUUGCUCUUAUUGAGGAAGAAAUCCAAACUGGUGAAGAAUCUGCCACUAAAAAACCAAAGGAGACAAAAAACAUGAACUGCUCUGCUGAAAGAGAUCUUUCUACACUGACCAUGCAAGAAUUAAUUUAUUACAGACCUAGAAGUUUUAAAACAGCAGAACUUCGUUUAAAAAAAGAUCCCGUUGAAGAAGGUUCUGUUGUUGAGAUAGGCAGUUUACUACAGCCUGUUAAUGAUGGUGCAAACCCAGAUUCGAAAGUGAAGAAGAAUGAUGACGAAGACAAUGAGGAAGAGGAUGUAAUGGCACCUCAAGUUAUGAUAGAUGAGAAUGGGGAAAUUAUUAUCAAUGAAGAGAGUUUGACUAUCAAGAAGAAGGUGGAUGACAGUGUCCUCAGAAAUAGCAAGAUUGUGUACGAAGAUGCGCUCUCGUUUGGAACGAAUCGUCGAAAAACAUCACGUGGAAAGAGAUGGAAGCUUCAUGAAACAUUACGCUUCUACAAAGCGUUGAGUCAGAUUGGUACUGAUUUCACGUUAAUGAGUCAAGCCUUCGGAAAGUUCACGCGCAAUGAACUCAAGAAAAAAUUUAAACAAGAAGAGAGAGUCAAUUGUGAUCUGGUUGACAGAGCCCUCGCAAAUCGUUUACCUCUCAACAUGGAAAUGUUCCUGCGUGGUAAAGAAGAACUGAGAGAUUUGUUGAAUGACGAUGCAAGUGAGACGACUGAGCCCACUGAUGAAAACGAGGUCAUAGAUAACACCACAAACGAAGUUUCGAUUGAAAACGAGGCUGUUGCGACAUCAAGCAUGUAGGCGAUAUUUUUUGCUUAAGUGCGUGAGCAAGCUGGUGUUCUUGGCACAGUUUCGUGUUUCCCACGGAGGUUUUGCUUGGGAAAUUUCUCUGCUUAAUCAAGUCUUGGUUUCUUGGUAAAUCAUGAGAAAUGUUUAAGAUGUUUUACCUAAACCGUGAUCUAAGGAUCUUCCAAGAAACUUAGUAAGGAAAAGACGUUCUACCAACCUACCUUGAUACAAUCUCUUCCGUCACAAGACCUGAGUGGGAGCUUUGGCAUAGGUAACGUGCCGACUGAUUUAUCAGAUGGACGGCAACAUCACCGCUAUUGAAGAAAUGGGUAUUUUUAUGGAUGUUUUGUUUGUGUCGUGUUCAUAAAAUAUUAUGGAGUAUAUAUUAUUUAUUAUGAAGAAAAAAUUCACCGUU